UUUCCGGUGUCAGAAAAAUUCAAUGUGGUCCACAAUGCUUGGCUACAGGAAGAAGAAGGCUGGGGGCUUCUCAGUGCAACUUCCCCUACCGGAGAGACCGAUAGCGAAGGGAUAUGUUCUGACGUGCGGGCAGAAUAAUAUGGGACAGUUGGGUCUCGGAAAAGAUGUUCAGGAGAAAACUUGUCCGGCUGUUGUGGAUGGAUUGAAGAAUGUUGUAGACGUACGUGCUGGCGGAAUGCAUUCACUGUGUCUAACGACUGAAGGAGAAGUGUGGUCAUUUGGAUGCAAUGACAAGGGAGCCCUGGGGCGUGAUACAUCAGUAAAGGGUUCAGAAAUGGUUCCCGGACGAGUUAAAUUGCCGGAGAAGUGCUUAAAAAUCUCCGCCGGAGAUUCCCAUUCAGCGUGCCUUCUGGAAAGUGGACACGUAUACGCGUGGGGUUCAUUCAUGAUUUUCAACCGUAUUAUGGGUGUCUCACCCGAGGUACGCAUUAAGCAUGAACCCGUCGCACUUCUGCCUGAUGUGCUUGUCGCAGAUAUCGCAUCCGGAGCUGAUCAUUUGGCCAUCCUCAAAACUGAUGGGAAGAUUUUUACGGUGGGCUGUGGCGAGCAGGCACAACUCGGCAGAAUAACCCUCCCACCGUCAUCUGAGGAGUCACCACUCUGGAAGUACUUGAAGCCCAUAGUGAUAUAUCCCAAAGUUCGCUUCGUUGAGGCUAUCUGGGCGACAAAUUUUACCACUUUCUUCCGGGACCGUCGAACAAAGGAAAUUUAUGCUAUCGGGCUGAACAACUACAAUCAACUGGCUAUGCCCGAAAAGUUCAGCAAAAGAAUUUUGAUUUACAGGCCAGAGUGCACAGAAAUUAGAAAUGUAAAGGUCUUGAGUGGCGGAGAGAAUCAUACGCUGAUUGUUAAAGAAGAUAAUCAGUGUUAUGUGAUUGGGCGCAAGGAAAACGGAAGACUUGGGUUGGGUCAAGAGACGGACGAUGCAGUACAAUUGACACAAAUCACCGAGCUGGAUAAGUAUUCAAUUGCUGCUGUUAGCUGUGGCGAUUCUCAGAGCUUUGCCCUCACCACGGACGGAAAGGUCUUUUGCUGGGGCAUGGGGAGCAACCAUCAGCUUGGUUUGGGCUCAGACACGGACGUUUUUGUGCCUACCCAGCUCAUUGGGGAACAGGUGAUGGGUAAGAAAGUCCUACGGGUGGAUAGUGGAAGGCAGCACACCAUCUUCCUGGUUGAGGAUUCCACUGCCGAGGCGUCAGAAGACACCGCAAGUGUGCCAGUAAAGAAGCGUAAGACCACAGCUAAGGGCUCCAAGGCAUAAAAAGGAUAGCAGGAAGUAGGGAAGGUACAUCUUGAAUUCUCCUUUAUAAAUGAAAUUUUCCUUUUUGAGUUUUUUUUUGCUCAAAAAUUUUCUCUAUCAUUUAUUAUCUAUUUGAUUUUUCUUUCCUGAAUUAUUAAGUCCUUAUUUACCGAAAUGUGAAAUAAAAAAAAAAAACAUAGUUGAACUGAUUGAACUGCCUUUGGGCGAAAA